AUGUUAAGUUUGCCACAAGAUACAGAGGCUGGAAUAUAUGGUAUGCAUCCUAAUGUUGAUGUAAUUCAGAAAAUAAAUAAUACAAGUUUGUUCAUUGAUGCCUUGUACCUCGUUCACGGGCCAGCUGUACCAACUAAAAUAUCAGACAUUGAAGAUGUUCUUAUCGACACAUGUACUAUUUUGCUAGAACAGCUUCCAGAGAAAGAGUUUGAUGAAAAAGCUGCAAGAAAAAAGUAUCCACUCUCACAGAAGGAAAGCUUGAAUAAUGUUCUCGUACUGGAAAUUGAUAAAUAUAACAAACUUCUCAAGACAAUUAGAAUUACGCUAGAAACAAUAAUCAGAACAAUGAAAGGCCAAGAAAUUAUUAUCUCCCCUGAAAUAGAAGACUCAGUAUCUUCCAUACUGAAAAACAAGAUACCUGCCUCUUGGUGGAAGGUAUCAUAUCCAAGUACCAAAAUGUUGGGGGCUUAUAUUGCUGAUUUCUCCAAAAGAUUUCAAUAUAUAAUGAAAUGGUACAAUGAUGGGCCACCAAAAGUUUUCUGGAUGUCAGCACUGUUUUCUACACAUCGCUUUCUCACUACGCUGACAUGGAAUUAUUCAUGUAAAAAUGACAUUCCAUUCAAUAAGUUGUCAAUUGAUUGUUCACUUACACCACAGUCAGAUGUAGAUGAAUCUCAUUCUGAUGGCGUCCGCAUAUCUGGCCUGUUUCUAGAAGGAGCAAAGUGGGACAGUACCACUAUUAUUAGCAUAUAUACAUAUUUGAUGUUUUGGAAGACUGCUAGCUUUGAUAGUGCAUCUCACCAUUUCAGAAACUCAGUUGCGUGUACAACCUACCUGAUCUUCAGUUAG